AACAGUUGAAAAGAUCUUAUAUGUUAUCAAUUUAACAAUGCAAUUUCUUUUACUAUUUCCAAUUGUGCUUUAUUUAUGCAUGGUGGCUGUACAUCCACACCUAUUAGGUGUAGGUGGAAUGCAACUGCAACAAAGAGAAAUGAGCCAAUCUAACCAAAUGGAAAAUGCACUCGGGGUCAAUUUAACGCUUGGCUUAAGCACAAAUUCGUACUCUCGUUCGAGUAGAAUGAAUAGUGAACGAAUGAAGAGAAUAAAACGAGCUGUUUAUAUUAAUAAAGCAAAAAGUUGUUUCAUAAUUGUUCAAAUACCGAGCAUCAAAAUGACUACAGUGGCUUCGACAACUACUGCUGAUAUAGAUCCAAGAGUAAAUAAUACUCAAGCUUGAGUCAAAUAUAGUAUUAUUUUAGUAGUAAUGAUGAAUAAAGGGUUGAAAUGUUUUUUUGCAUUUAGUAUCAAAAUGAGUACUUUAUUAUUCAUAAUAAAAUUUUCAUUCUUUUAAAUCUAAGACAGUUUUGAUAAUUUAUACGGUUCCAGAAACUGUUAUUUUCAAAAUUGGAAACUGGAAACUUCCAACUCUAUACUAAAUAUUAUUUUGAUAGUUUCCUUUACAUUUAUAGUUGAUGGUAUUAUGUACUAUUAUAAUAAUAUACUAACAAGUUAUAUUAUAGUAAAUAAUUUAUAAAUAAAACAUAUUGUCUAGUGAAAUGAAUGCGUGAUGUAGAAGGCUAUUUAUCUCAAAUAAAAUAAUAAAAAAGAUA